GGCCCCAGAACAACCACCCAAGCCAAAAGAGCCCCUCCUAACGUCAAAAUGGCUGCUGGACGCCGCCGCUAGGAAGCGCUCGGGCAUGCCCUCGGCGCCGUCCAAAGCUCUGCUGAACUCCAUCCAGCACGCACGUGACCACCCCCACGAAGUAGCACAGAGGCUGCGAGAAGAUGCUCUCAGGUCUGGGAGGGAUCCAAACGCACUGGCGAACUGGAUGACCGAGGUGAGUAAGAGCAACGUACAGGCUCGACUGGCGCAGAGGCCCAAGCAAGCCCUGAUGCCAGUCUCUCCAGAUGAGCUGGGAAGCGCAACCGAGCGUGUAGAGACGCCUAGUCCUGCUCCUGUAUCUCCAUCAGCUACACCGAGCAUCGAGCCUUCAAUCCUCUCCUCGCUACGCGCAAAGGGUCAGAUCAAGAAACCGACGCAGGCCAAAAAGCGAGACGGUAGGCGAAAGCCGGCCAAGACUGCAAGGUCAAGCAGUGCCAGCGGCACAGCAUCGCCCAUAGACAUUGACAGCCCUCGGCCUGUGCCAGAGUCUUCGGCGUCGGGUGCUGUACGCGAGUCCCUGCAUGCAGUUUCACGUACGCUCGCAAUUCCUCUCCCAGCAACCACUCAACCAGGUGGCAACACUUACCAGUUUCCUCCUCGAACAAGCAUGCCAACAUGGUAUCUGGCAGUGACCAAGCAAAGCCUAGACCUGCUCGAGCGGAGGCGGCCGCAGGAGCUUGCCGCUAUCGACGCACUGAAAGCCUGCAUCACGCGUUGCAUACAAGAGAAGUCGAAAGCCAAGCUCGCCAAAGAGUACGACCAUCUGCGCGACCACGUGCACAAGGCUGAGAGUAGUCUGAACAUGGACAAGGUAAAGAUAAAGAAGACACGCGUUUUGACCGAGGCAGGUUUACCCCGUAUAUUCGACGAGCAUGCCAGCUUUCCCUGGGAUCUCAAAGCGGAUGCGUGGCAUCUGUACGAAAAGUGGAUGAAUGAAGAUUUCGACCGUGACAUCCUCCGCGGCGUCGUGACCGUCAAGGGCAAAGGCCGCAACGGAGAUCGACUCGACCAUGCAUACAGAGCGCAACACCCGAGGGGCCCAAAGCAGUUCGGCGAUAACGGCGCUGUGCUCGGCCAGUGGUGGCCUUCGCAGCUAUGCGCCGUGCGUGACGGCGUACACGGCGCAGCCCAAGGAGGCAUAUACGGUGACAAAGAGCAGGGCGCAUACAGCAUCAUCCUCUCGAGCGGUGGAUACCAUGACAAAGACGAUGGUGACACCAUCGAGUACAGCGGUACUGAAGGCAGCAAUUUCCAGAUCAAGGCUGCGACUCAGUCGAUGAUCACCAGCGCAAAGCUCGGCAACCACAUCCGUGUCCUGCGCUCGUCUCAGCUGCCCACGUCCAACAAAUACCGCCCGCAAGUCGGCCUACGAUACGAUGGUCUUUACCAGAUCAAGUCUUACAAAGAGAUCAACCUCGAGAAGCAGGACCAUCUCUUCCGUCUCGAGAGGAUCCCUGGACAACAGCCCAUCCGAUCAGAGGGCCCUGCAAAGCGGCCCACAUUGUUCGAAGUACAGGAGUAUGACAGGUGCAAGGGAAGAAUCUGAUCGUGGAAAAGUGUCAUGCGACCGAAUGACGUGCAAAGGACCAUGUGCUGAGGGCCUCCAGGUUAGGGUGCUACUCGGUCCUGUUCGGUGUCCGGAGUUUUGAUUGUGAUGGCGGUUUUGGAUGAGGAAAUGACGAUACCCGUGGCGGCUUUGGCCUUCUCCCUGUUGCCAGCAGCGAGGAGGAUGGUGUUGGAGGGGCGUUUGUAAUACAGAAUUCACGGGCCAGGCAAGGGCAUCUCACGUCGACUCCUCUCGACAACGGUCCGUCACGACACAAAUGAAAUGAGUAUCAGCUA